CUUUAACACUGCCUGCAGGCGUGUUCUUCCUCGUGGUGGAACGGACGAGAUGUCCCGGUGUCGGACUGGUCGGACUGGUCGGUGGCGGGUCAUGGCAGACCCAGACCCUGACCCUGACCUCCGGGUCGGAUGGUCUAUUCUAGUCUGUUUAUUGUUUUUUCAGUGGUCAACUGCUCGGUCUUCGGGUUUUUGACCACUAGCCAUGUCAUCAGAUAGGGAUCUUGAUUGAAGGUGGAAGUCGCCCUUCUUGUCCUGCUGCCUGAGGGAAUUUUCAUGAGCCUCCUCCUUAACCGCACGUGCAUGUUGGGUCAGCCGAGGGUGUUUGCCCAGAACAUCGCAACACGUUCAUUUUUGUCGGCUUCACAACAUCAAAUCAUUAUCAACGGUUACAGACUCCUGGCUGGAUUGGCGUGAGUGAGAAAUGGAAAGCGUUGAGCCUCACUUCACGCCCAGCAGCAUCCAUGCCUUGGAACUGCUUACUUUGUGUGAUUACAAGACGCAGAUUCAAGGCAUCAGACCAUGGUCUUAACAGAUGAUCCUGUCGAUCUGUCCAAAUUGCAAGCAAAAGCGUCGGAUUGUGACCAGUACUAGUAGUGAGGGUUCUUCAUUAUUCCUCGUUUCCUUACUCAUCCUUCAUCUUUUCUCCACUUCCUUCACCUCCAAGCAUCCAAAACCACCCCAAAAUCGAGCGCCCCACAACCUGCAGCCUGCUGAGCCGAAACUCGGCCCGGCCCACGGUCUCUGCGUUGUCUUACGCGUCCCAGGUGCUGAUGGAUGGUGGCUGCGCUUGGCCAGCGGAAAGAAAUGGGUCCCUGAGACUUGGAACGGCCGAGAGGCCUGUGUCAAGUGCAGCCCUUCGGCGAGUGAUGCUCUCGAGUCCCUCCGGCACAUACGCUUCGCCCGGGCCAACAGUGGAGUUCUGGAGCGAAAUGCACGGCUGGUCUGCGCACAGAUCGCCAAGCAGUCAGCUACGGCAGCAAAGUGAUUUCCAGGCCGGACGUCCCACGCGGCGGCUCGGCGGCUUGUCCCCUGGCCACUCCUCCUCGGCCAAGCCGAGAGAGGCGUGGUCGACAUAGACCUGGCUCGGCGCGAGCAGAGGUCGAGGGGCGACAGUUGUAGUGGUUGGCCUUGAGGAUUCGAAUCACCUACAUCCUGGGAAGACCUGGCAAAGUGC